AUGAACGAGAACGACGAGAAUGGCCCAUCGACGCGUCUGACGCGGGCCAAGGCCGCUGCCCUGUCAGUCAAUGACGCUGGGGCUCCCCCCGCCAAGAAGCCGCUCCAGACGAAGAAGGCUGCGACCGCUACUACCACCACCGGAACCCGUAGACGCGCCGCCCUUGGUGAUGUGAGCAAUGUUACCAAAGCAGAGAAUGGAGAGACCAAGGAGGCCAAGAAGCCAGCUGCUACGAAGGUUGGCCUGACGUCGAAAGCAACAUUGCAGGCUGGUGGAGUUCAGAAACUUACUCGCAACAACUCGUCACGCGCUGCCCUGGGACCCAAGGACAGCAACCCCAAGAAGCCUACCACAGAAACAAAGCGCCCCGGAAGUGGAUCGGGCACCAAGCGGACAUCCAGCGAAAAGGCCAUCCAAGAGAAGGCAGCUGAGGAGGAACCACGCCCCCGAAAGAAGGUCGAAGUCGAGAAGAAGGUCACCGAACAGAAGACUGUCGCCGAAAAGAUCACCAACGCGAAGGAGGAUGUCAACGUUCCGGUCGAUCCGAAGGUUUUGCAAAAGCCUGUCGAUGAUUUUGUCGACGACCUUGACGCCGAAGAUCUUGACGAUCCUUUGAUGGUUGCUGAAUACGUCGUCGAUAUCUUCGAAUACCUCAAGGACCUUGAGCUAGAGACCUUGCCCAACGCCGAGUACAUCGAACACCAACCUGAUCUGGAGUGGAAGAUGCGCGGCAUCCUUGUCGACUGGCUCAUCGAGGUCCAUACCCGCUUCCGCCUCCUCCCCGAGACCCUUUUCCUUGCUGUCAACAUCAUUGACCGCUUCCUCUCUGCUGAGGUGGUGGCUCUGGACCGUCUUCAAUUGGUUGGUGUCGCCGCUAUGUUCAUCGCCUCCAAAUAUGAGGAAGUCCUUUCGCCACACGUUGCCAACUUCACCGACGUCGCAGACGGAACUUUCACAGAUCGUGAGAUCUUGGAUGCUGAACGGCACAUCCUCGCUACCCUGGAGUACAACAUGAGCUACCCCAACCCCAUGAACUUCCUCCGUCGAAUUUCGAAAGCAGACAACUAUGAUAUCCAAACCCGUACUCUUGGCAAGUACCUCAUGGAAAUCAGCCUUCUGGACCACAGGUUCAUGGGCUACCGCCAGAGUCAUGUGGCCGCUGCUGCCAUGUAUCUGGCUCGACUCAUCCUUGACCGGGGUGUCUGGGAUGCCACCUUGGCUCAUUAUGCCGGUUAUACUGAAGAAGAGAUCGAUCCGGUCUUCCGCCUAAUGAUUGAUUAUCUCCACCGCCCUGUCUCUCAUGAGGCGUUCUUCAAGAAGUACGCCAGCAAGAAGUUCUUGAAGGCAUCCAUCCUUACCCGGCAAUGGGCGAAGAAAUACCACCACUUGUAUAUCAACAGCUCACUAUCUGAGCCCUACUCUUAUAUGAAAGACCAUGAAUAA